ACACCUGUGUUUGCAGCCUGCGUUGACAAUAUUUGGGCCUUGUGUUGCUAGCUUGCGAAGUAAGCUAGCUAGCUAGGCGUCUGGUUGGCUAGCUAGUUUGCUAGCGGUAGAUAACAUUAGCCAACGUUAACUUGCUAGCUGCCAACAACGGAACUUAACUUAUAUUCCUAUUGGCCCCAGUAGCUUGUUAGAUACAUACUGCUUAUCCGAUUUUAUAUUUGGUUUUCAAUUAGUUAACAAGACACAUGCAUUAGACAACGGUUGAAUAUGUACGCGGCCAUAGUUCGCUAGCUAACCCUAAUGUUAGCUAUAUUAUGAAUUGAGUCGCUAGCCUAAAACACCUCUGUCAAAAGGUGUAGCGAUAAAUGGUUUAGUUUGGCUCGCUACUUGUGACGGCAAUGGUGAGCCUUGUUCAAUAGCUUGUAGAGGAACAUCAAGUUGGUUAUGAGGACUUGCUAAUAGUAUAUUUGACCCCGCAUUUGCUUAACUAACGUUAGACGUAAGUGUUAACGUUACCUUAUAAGAAUAUACACUGAUGGAUACCCCGGAGAGCCCUACCCAGUCCCCACAAUCACCAGAGGAGGAGGAGAAGGGCAUCUCUGACAGCGAGUUGUUGGAUUCACCAGCUGAGCUAGACCAGGCCGUGUCUGAUAGCGAGCUGCUAAAUGAUGAAGACGAUGAGGGCCUGGACGAAGACCGAGUCGGCAGAGACUCAGAACUUGAAGACGAUGAGGAGGAUGAAGAUCUCAGUGGAGCAGCAGUCAUGGGAGGAGGAGGAGGAGGAGGCGGUGGUGGUGGAGGGCAAGAGAGAGUGUCAGACCCAGAGGAAGAUGGGGUAGAUCAUAAAGAUAUGAGGGGUGCCUCUGACCUGCCUGUACACGUUAGUGGUAUGAUGGAUGCCAGUGUGAAUGUCCGUCAGUCGGCAGACGAAGAUGAGGAAGAGGACGAGCAAGAACACGAGCAUGAGGAGCGAAUCAGUCCCGAAUCGCCGGACUUCGAGCCCGAGCAGAAUAGGCCCCUCGGCCUGCCCGAAGAGGAGGAAGACGAUGAUGAGGAAGAGCAACCAGGUGGCCCUGCCACGGUAAGGGCAGUGGGGGACGAGGAAGAGGAGGAUGAAGAGGAGAUGAUGGAAGCGCGCCGACGGCGACGGGGGGUGGUGGUGAGCGACAUGAAGGACGAGUCGUCGUCUGUGUCUCGCGAGCUGGACGAGCACGAGCUGGACUACGACGAGGAGGUCCCCGAGGAGCCCAGUGUGCCCACGCACCCCCAAGAGCAGCCCGAGGAGGAGGACAAGGAGGAGGAGCGGCACGGCGAGGAGGGGAGCAAGCCGAAGAGAGAGCGGAUCCCCAUCCUGCCACCCCCAUCUGACAAGGACGGCCAGCCCAAAAAGCCAGACGAGUCCCGUGGUCAGGAGCGGGGGAGGAGAGACUCGCUUCGAGACAAGAAGAAGGAUGAGGAUGAUGGAGAGAUCGAUGAGGGGGAGAUAGACGAUGAUGACCUGGAAGAGGGGGAGGUCAAAGACCCCAUGGAUCGCAAGAUUCGACCCCGUCCCACCUGCAGGUUCUUUAUUAAAGGGAACUGCACCUGGGGUAUGAACUGCAGGUUCAUCCAUCCUGGAGUGAAUGAUAAGGGGAACUACUCCCUAAUCAGUAAACCAGAUCCCUUCUCCCACAACGGGGGCCCGCCAGGUGGACCCCAUCCCCUCAUGCCUGCCAGUCCUUGGGGUGGCCCGGCUGUUGAGGAGCUUCCCCCACCUCCACCUCCUCUGGACCCCCCAGUGGAAAGUGCAUGGGAGCGGGGCCUGAGACACGCCAAAGAGGUGCUGAAGAAGGCCACCAUCCGUAAGGAGCAGGAGCCCGACUUCGAAGAGAAGCGCUUCAACGUGACCAUUGGCGAGGAUGAGCGCGAGUUCGACAAGGAGAACGAGUUCUUCAGGGAGCGUGGCUACCGCAUCACCCGUGAGAUCCGAGAGCCAGGGGACAUAGAAUUCAGAGAGCUCGGCUAUGGAAAUGACCCUUACGCCGACCCGUACUACGACUAUGAGAUGGAGGCCCUUUGGAGAGGAGGCCAGUAUGAGAACUUCAGAGUGGAGUACUCUGAGACACCUUUACCAUACCACUACCCAGAGCGCGAGCGCGAGCGAGACCCGCGUGAACGAGACCCGCGUGAACGACACCGCGAGAGGGAGCGUGAGCGCGACCACCGCGAGCGGGAACGUCGACAGCGGGAGCGCGAACGCGAGCGAGAACGCGAACGCGAGAAGGAGCGUCUGCGGAGGAAGGAGGAGUGGGAGCGCGACCGGGUGAAGCGCGACGACAAGGAGCGCCCGCCCCGCGAGCGUCCUCUUCGAGAGCCACGCGAAAAGAAGGAUGACAAGGACAAGCCCAAAGUGCCCCGGUCCCCUGGCGCCAUCCCACCCAGGCCCAUGGAGCCUGGUGGAGGCCCGGUGAAGAAGGACAUGGUUCCCAUGAUUAAGCGCCCAGAUGAGUGGAAGGACCCAUGGCGCCGGUCCAAAUCCCCCCGUAGGCGCCCAGGCAUGACCGGCUCUCCUCCACGUGGCAGGCGACGACACCGGCCCUCUGGCUCCUCCGUUUCACUGUCCAACUCCUCCAGGUCAUCAUCCCACUCCUCGUCCUACACAGGCUCUGGUUCAUCUCGUUCAAGAUCCCGGUCCUCCUCCUUCAGCUCCUACUCCAGCCACUCUUCACAGCACAGCUCUUUCAGUGGCAGCCGCUCACGAUCCAGAUCCUUCUCCUCCUCGCCCUCACCCUCCCCCCACCCGGCAGUUCAGAGGAACACCGCAAAACCCAAACCAGACCAGCCUCCUGUGGUCUCAAAAGGCCCCAUGCAGAAGCCUGCCGCCGUGCCCCCACCUCGCCGAGACAAACCCCCUCCCAAAAAGAUACCGAGCCCCAACCAGCCCGGUCAGCCCCCCAGUGACGGGCCCAAGCCCCCAGUCCCGAGGGACCCGGCCAAGCAGCCCCCCAACGCCAGGGAGGGCCGCAGGAAAGACCGGCCGCAUCCGCCACGGAGGCGGACAUUGAGUGGCAGUGUGAGUGGCAGCGGCAGCAGUUACUCAGGCUCCAGCUCUCGCUCCCGCUCCUCCUCAGCCUCACACUCACGUUCUGGAUCACGCAAGUCUAGAAAAUCCAGAUCUCUGAGUGUGAGCAGCGUUUCAUCGGAAUCCUCGGCGUCUUCCAGCAGCAGCUCGGUGCGGAGCGCCGAUUCGGAUGACAUGUACGCUGACCUGGCUAGCCCAGUGUCCUCGGCCAGUUCCCGCUCGCCUACCCCAGGACAUCCCCGCAAGCCCCGCGGUCCCCCGAGGGACCCCCAGCACUCCAACAAAGACAGAGGUGCCCACACACAUCGAGCCCACACCAACUCCCAGAGACCCAUAGUGCCCCAGACAGAAAGAGGAAAGCCCCCAAAGAAAGAGGAGCCCUUUAGAGAGGAGCGGCGGAGGAUGAGUCCGUCAGGGCCGCCAUUCCGGCCGGGCUCAGCAGGUUCCAUGCCCCGCUCGGGGCCCAGUAACCGGGGCCACCCCAUGCACCCACCUCACCCGCCCCACAUGGGACCCCCAGGGGGCUACGGCUCCCACAAGGACAUCAAACUCACCCUGCUCAACAAGCAGCAGCCUGACCGAGGCAACAGGAAAAGGUAUUUCCCUGCCGAUAAGGAGAGGCCGACGUCUCCCCUCAGCAAGAGGAUAGCCAUGUCUCCGGACAGAGGUCGAGACAGGAGGAUGCCAGGCAGACCCCCCCUCUCUCCCAGAAUGGACCGUCCCAGAGGCCAAGGCCCACGGCCCAUGCCCCCACAGGGGGACAGAAAGCGACCUUUGUCCCCAUCCCCAAAGUCUUCUGGGAAAGGACCGGCCGCGGCCCCAGGCAAACCCCUGGGUCCAGGUUCCGGCUCAGGUUCUGGGUCUGGUUCCGGUUUAGGCUCAGGGAAGCCGAGCAACACGCUGAGCCGUCGAGAGGAGCUGCUGAAGCAGCUGAAAGCCGUGGAGGACGCCAUAGCCCGCAAGAGAGCCAAGAUCCCUGGGAAGUAGAGCCGGCUGCCGCAACACGAGACACAGAAGAGAAGAAACACACCAUCCUCUCUCCCCCCUUCUCCUCCUGCCAAAUACCCUUCGGCUGAUUGCGUCACUGAGGCGUCAGCAGGCGUCCAGCAGCUUUGGGGCAAUGGGGGCGAGUGGACGGACGGACGGACUGACAGACGGACAUUUAAUGAAUAAACAACAGCAAAAACAAAACAAAACGACAAACAAACGGAGCCGGGUGUGAGAAUGCGUGAUUGAGGCCGCUGCGAAUGAAAGAGUCUUUGCUCAUGUGUGUCCCUAUGGCCAGGGGUGUGUAGAUUUUAUACGGAUGCCACACAGGUGUGUGUGUGUGGGGAGGAGGAGGACAUUCAUCUCUCCCACCCCCCUUUUCUCUCCAAAAUGAACUGUAGGAGAUGUUUUCUUAAUUACGAGGAGAAUAAAUACUGUUUAUCCAGGUUCUCCGAGUCCCUCCAUCUCUCUCUCUCUUUAUCUCUUUCUCUCUCUCUUUUACUCCUCUCACACUAUUUUAUCAUCUUCUUUUUCUCUCUACUCCUCUCCUUAGUUGUGUGUUUGUGGAGGGAAGUUGAGGGGAUGGGGAACACUGUCCUCUAUGUACAAUACACUGAAGAUCCUACACAUACAGUAGCAUCUUGAUGACCGGAUGGUAGCCUGCAAUUGAAUUUUAAUUUGUGGCCACAAGUGCCCACCUCAAUAAGGCCAAGUCAUUUGAUUCCCCAUUGAUCCAAAUUGAUUCGAUAGUGAUUUCCAGGAUGCCCAUUUCUAACAGCUGGACUCCCCAACUCGUACUUUUUUUUUUUUUUUUCAAACAUCCUACCAAUGUGUACAAUUAUAGUAUGCAAGUUUCUUUUAAAAAGAAGUGUAUUAUUCUAGAGCUCAAAUGACAGUAAUGUGAAGUAUUGCUUUUUGUUUUUCCUUUCUUUUUUUAAUUUUAAGGAUCUGUGUUUUUUUUUUUUUUUUUUUUUUUUUUUUUUUCUUAGCUCGUCUCCAGUAAUAAACUGUUUUAUUAUUCGUCCCUCAUUUUUAGUUGAAACAAAAGAGUGUGAGCGGUUGCAUUUGGGACGCCAGGAGAUGAAGAGGAACUCCGUCUAGGUUUUUUGAGACAGGAAAAAAAAGCUUCUAAAUAAACUAUUUUGAUAAAGAGA